AUGUCGUCUGCGCAACGCAAACGGCAGCGUGCAGCAGUACUAGCAGCCCAAAAGUUGGGCAGUGGAAAAGCAGCUGCCACUGAUGCAAGAAGAUUCAAAAAAGGAAGAAAUGAUAGUUCUGAGGAGGAAAGCGACAGCGAUCAAAAUAUUGAUGAUAUGGAUCUAGGUAGUGGAAGCAAUGCUGAAUUGUCUGACGAUGAAGACGCUCAUGAGACUGCUGCCCAGAAACGACUUCGACUUGCUAAACGGUAUCUUGAAAAAGUGCGUGAGGACAUUGAUCAGGUGGACGAAAAAGACAUUGAUGCUAAAACUAUAGAUAGAGAUCUAAUUGCAGAAAGACUUCAAAAAGAUGUUAUGGAUGCAGCGGGUAAAUCGUAUCAUCGCAUUGCUAACCAGUACAAAAACCUUGAUCUUGGUGUAUCAUACCGCACAUUCAAACCAGGAAAGAAUGGCCAUCAGCUUACAAUCACUGGUGUUGCUAUUGCAGCUCCAUCACCAGCCGUUGUUGCACAGUCACAGGUGUCUUCCACAUUGCCACACACACCCGCAUUUGCAGGUUUGCAACCAUUGUAUAUCUAUUCCGUGUCCAAAGAUGCCAUGAUUCCAGGAAAUCUCAAGCCCACAAAAAAACUUAUUGCUGCUGUGGGAAAAAAGGCAAUCAAGGGAUCUCACGGACAUACUGACAAUAUUCUUACUGUUGAUGUCAGUUCUGAUGGAAAAUUCUUGGCUACUGGAGGACUAGAUAAAAUUAUUCAUAUUUGGUCAGUACUAGAUAAUAAUCAUUUGACAGAGUUUAAACACCAUCGUGAUGCUAUUUCGGGCCUUAAAUUUCGCAAAGGACACAAUGAUCUUUACUCGACUUCAUACGAUCGAUCAGUCAAAGUUUGGAACAUAGAUCAACUCACAUAUGUGGAAACAUUAUUUGGACACCAAGAUCAGGUUGUAGCAAUUGACUCGCUUUCUCGUGAGCGAUGCCUCACUGCUGGUGCUCGUGACCGAACGGUUCGUUUGUGGAAAGUUCCUGAAGAGUCUCAAUUAGUAUUCCGUGCGGGUGGUGGUAUCACUGUUUCAGAAGAUUUAGUUGUUAUGGAUGAAUUGAUUGACAAAAGCAAAAAAAGAAAACGAGAAAACUUUACUGGUGGUGUGAUUGAUGUUGUUGCGUUGAUUGACGAGGAUCACUUUGUCAGUGGAAGUGAUAACGGCGCCAUUUCCUUGUGGGAUACCAUGAAAAAAAAGCCUCUUUUCACACGAUUGAAUGCCCAUGGUGUGCAAUCUCAUGUCAGAAUUAAUGGCCAAGACAGUUUUGCAACUCAAGUUUCCAGUGAUUCAUGCAACUGGAUUACUGCGCUUGCAUCGGUUCCAUACUCUGAUUUGUUUGCAUCUGGCUCUUGUGACGGGUUUGUUAGAUUAUGGAUGGUGUCUGAAAACAAGCACAAUUUUGCAUUGUUGAAUGCUAUCCCAAUAUGCGGAUUCAUCAACUCGCUUUCAUUUUUCGAGGCUCCGUUUUCCCAUACCAGCCAGAUGGGUACUGACAAAGAUGCGGUUUUAAAAAAUUCUGAAGAUAAACCCACAUCAGCAGUUGCAGCACGAAUUAGGGCAAAAGAAAAUGCUAAGCGAGCAGCAGAAGCAGUAUCCAAAAGUCUCCAUAUUGCAAUUGGUACUGGACAAGAACAUCGACUAGGCAGAUGGUGGAGAGUCAAGGAGGCCAAAAAUCAAAUUGUCGUUAUUGGAUUGGCCAAUACUGACAAGUAAAUAAACUAUUGGGAUAUGCUAAUGG